UAAAUAUUACGUCUUAUAACUUCUGGAUGGUGCUCACUUUAGUUCGUGUUUGUAGAUGAUACAAUAGUGAGGUAGAGAACAGUAAAUGGUUUCAGUCUUUGAUUCAGAUCACAUGAUUAGUGUCAUAUGACAUUGAUGAGCCCUCGAAAGAGGGAAAGAGGGAAUGAGAGCAGAAAUCUUCCACAGUUGCCAGUAAUACACUCUUUCACGAGUGUUGUCGUCUGUCGUGAUGAAUUCAGAUGGAUAAACAGAUCCUGAAGUAAAUCGCUGGAUCAUGGAGAGUUUGGGAGUUUUGUCUGUUCUCGCCACCGCUUGUGUUUUGGGAGUGGUGAUGAGUCAGACAACACUCAGUCCUGCUGUGACGAUCACCACAGCCAGUGCAAACAUGACCACUGCUGCUCCCAGCACUACAGCGCUCAGCUGCUCCGGCCUCAACACUUCCACCUGUGCUGCCUGCGCUCCUGGCUCUUAUUAUGAUAAUGAAACUCUGUUGUGUUCUUGCUGUCCUGAGGCCGGGCUGUGUGUGUUCCCUGGAGCCUGUCUUCUGUGUGUGCAGGGUUUCUAUCAGCCUCUAGCAGGACAGCAGGGCUGUCUGCCCUGUUUAUCUGGGUUUUACAGCAAUUCCACUGGAAGCCCCGUCUGCCAGCCGUGUCCUACUGGGUCCUACAGCAAUAACACGGGCUCUGCCUCCUGUACAGCCUGUGCACCAGGUUUCUACACAUCUUUGCAAAAUUCAACAUCAUGUAACCCAUGUCCACAAGGCAUGUACUGCAAUUCCUCCAGCUGUACUCAGUGUCAGGUCUGUCCUGCAGGCUCAGAGGCUCUACAGACCGCUUCCAAAGAAUGCACACCUUGUCGCCCAGGAAUGCACAAGCCUGCCCAUCAAAUCAUUUGUCAGAUUUGCAGCAGGGGUUUCUAUCAGAUCCACUGGGGCCAGGAGAACUGUGACCGGUGUCCUGAAAACCACUACUGCCCUAGUCCUGAUGUAAAUCCGAUCGAGUGUCCCAGUGAUGCGUUCUGUCCCGAGGGCAGCACGGCCCCUGGUUACUGCAUGGAGACCUUCUUCAGAAAGGCAGGGGAGACGUGUGAACUUUCUCCUGUUACCAUUGCACUGCUUGUUAUUGGAGGAGGAGUGGGUCUUCUCUUCAUCAUUAUUUUGGUUCUGCGGAGGAGAAGAGAUAAUGACAGCGAGCUUUCCCUUGCCCGGACCCCCCUCCUGCGAAAAGACCGCCCACGUGGUCGCUUCUAUGGAAUCCCUUGUGAUGCUGAGCCUGUUUAUGCAGGCUGGUGACGUCAUGACCAUGUACAUACCUCACAGAUUUUGUCUGAAAGUUUCUAUUUAGAACUUUGAACUGUUGUAAGCUUUAUAUUGGUAAGAUACUAUUAAAUAUUUAAUGAAUGAAGACGCACUUUUCUGCAUUCCAUUUUUAAAACCUGUUUAAC